UUCUCUGGGGUCAAUUUGGGGGAUGAACUUUAUUUGCUGGAGUAGAACUGAGCCUAUUUUUCUCAUUUCCUUGCAGUAAUAGGCCUCUUUUAAUGAUAUAGUGGGAUCUUGACCAUUAGUAGCACAGUUGUUGACAUUCUUGCAACCAUGGCGACCGAGGACGCACCCAACGCGUACAUCACCGAAUUAAACUCCAUUUUAAGUGAACUACAGCACACGAACAAGGCAAAGAGGAGAAAAGCCCUCGAAAGGCUCCAUAAUCUAUCAUUUGAAAGGGAGCCAGAGACCGAGAGAGAGACACAGGGGAAGAUAUUAGAGUUUUCCCUGAGGCACCUCGUCACAUGCUUGGGGGAUCAGAGUGAGGUGAACAGAAUCAAGACCUCUGAAAUUAUACUCGGGUUCAUCCAAGACACAUUAUUCAAGGCAGACCAGCUCAUCCACCUCAUCCCCGUCAUCCACCACCGCCUGGCUACCAUUCCAAUCAUCGAGGAGAGUGAAGAUGUCCGACUUUUACACGUCAAAAUGAUCUCCUCCCUCACCAUGCAGUUUGAGGGGCAGAUGAUUCCCUACAUGGAGGAUAUUAUUGGUAUUCUGAAGGAGGUGGUUGUGGAUGGCUGCCCAGAGGUUAGGAAGGCUGCUGCGGAGUGUGUGAGCUGCUUUGCCAGGGCUACGCGGGAAAAGUUUCAUCUGCAGUCUGAGUCGCUGGUCAAGUCGCUGGUGAAGGCUCUCCAGCACCAGCGCUUCAAGAACAGGAUAGCUUGCAUCAACGCCUUAGGUGACCUUCUGUUGUACGGGGAUGGCAAGUCUAUUCAAGACGUAAGUGGUCCCCUGGCUCAGUGUGUCAUGGACCUGCCACAAGUCCGCUUGGCCCUGGUGCAGGUGGGCGGCAGUCUUGCUCUCCACAUGCCAGACAGAUACUCCUACUGGCCCCGCAUCCUGCCGCUGAUUCUCUUCGGCCUCAAAGAUGAAGACAGAGAUGUGCUGUGCAAGGCCAGAGAACUUUGGGAACAGGUGGGCCACAAAUAUGAAGAGGAAAAUGAGGAUCAACUAAAGUACGAGAUUGAUUUUGAUGUGGCCAUAACAGAUUACCCGCCAGGAGAGGUUCGCCCUGGUAUUGGAUGUCGUAUUCUAGUCCAGCAAAAUCUAUAUCACAUCCUUCCUGCUCUCCUGGCUGACCUGGAUGACUGGCAGGAUGGUCCAAGACUGCAGGCAGCUAAACUUCUGUCUGUCCUUAUCCUCAAUGCCGACUCUGGGGUGACUCAGUAUGCCGAGAAGGUGUUAACAGCUCUCUGUCUGGCGGCUGGUGACAAGGAGGCAAGCAUUGUGAAGCAGAUGAUUGAAUGUGGUCACUACCUGGGCUGCUUCUUGCCUCCUCCUGUAUACCUGGCUCUGGUGUUGCCAAGGCUAAGUACAGGGUGUCAGGCAGAGCGACCUUUGAUAGUGCUGGCUGCCCUGCUAGAGGGGAGCAGCAGCACUCUCCUCCAGCCCCACCUAAUGGAGCUCCUCUCAGUCCUAGCAGAAGAUGAAGUAACGCAUGUCUUUGAAGAGGCACACCAAGAAGCUCUUCUUCGUGUGAUGAGAACUCUGUUGCAAAAAUGUGACCUUUCUGAGUGCAGCUCCAAAGCCUUCUCAGUGUUGUUGUUCAUUGCAUCCUCCUCCUCUGGGAAUAAUGCCUCUGCAGCACUGGAAGGAUUGAGGGAGCUAUCCAAGAACUGUGGCUAUGAGGAGGAGGAGGAGCUUUACCGCCAGGAGACAAGAGGAGUCUUGGACAAGCUUGUGGAGGCAACUGGUGGCUGGACAGAAGGUUCCCCAUCCUACCUAUUGUUUGGAGUCCUCAUGAAGUUGGCAGGUCCAGCUCUUGGUCAUGAUCUGGAGAUUUUCACAAAGAUACUGUCAGUAUGUACCUCCAAGAAGGAAGACCCCUUUGUUUGCCUCCACUGCCUGACUGAGCUGAGGCACCUUCUAGUGAUGGAGGACCGGCCCCUAGCUGCUGGCGGCCAGCUGGAGGCAUGGCUUCCAGUCCUUGUCAACAACUGCAUACGAGAGCUGCUUGUGUGGCGUGCCGGGGCCACAGCAGAAACCUUGAGAACAGCAUCCAUAGCCUGCUUAGAGGCAGCAUGCAAGGCAGGAGUGACAUCUCAGGAGAUGACAGAAGAGGUGAGAAAAUGUGUUGUGCUUCUGCCAGCGUUGAUUGAGGAUGAUGCCGAGAUGACACGACUGUUUGCGUGCAGUGUGGUGCAGUGUGUGGCCACCAGCUUUCCUCUCCUCAUUGACCCAGACACACUCCACACCCUGGCAGACAAGUUAAUAAAACGGCUGGAUGACGUUGGGAGGGCGGUGAGACUGAAGGCAUCCCAGGUGCUGACAGUGUUGUUUAUGGACCUGCCUGAAGGCUAUGACAUUACCCUCAACACAGCUCGGCUACAGGACUUGUGUCAGGAUGCCCUCAUCUUCCUGGAUGAUCCUGAUGAAGAGUUGCAAAAGGCUGUGUCUGAAUGGCUGGAAGUAAUGAAGAACAUUUGUCCUGAUAUACUCUUGAAAUUACUACAAACAGAAGCCCACAAGUUCCGCAAUGCUCACAUUUGCCACAGACUCAUUGACUCCAUGAAGGCGCUGCAGGUGUCCUGAGCAGCACCAGACAGACCACUACACAUGCCUAUGUAUAUCGCCUGUUGAUCCAUUUAUACAUAUAUUCCAAAGCGUAAUUAUUUGGAAGAAACUGCUGUAGAAAAUUGAGCUAAUUUAUAAAAUGAAAUACUUUGUAAAAAUAAUGUUUAUAAACUUUAUUUUCAUAAUGGUUCAUUUUAGACCUCAGCUCAAUUUUCAAUAAGUUUUCUCCCUGCUAUGAGUACUAACUGGAACAUGUAUAAAAUGGCACACACGGCCUGGUUCAAUCCAUACCCCCCACAGUGGGCCCACACCGAUGCUUAUUACCUGAAGUGAACUGUAUGAAAUCCUGAUAACUGUUGUCAUCUAAUCAGAGUAUUGUUAUCCUAAUAAAAUGUAUAUAACUA